AUGAAUAGAGGAAGAGGAGGAUUCAGAGGUGGCCGUGGUGGAAGAACCGGUCCCCCAUUACAACAAGGUCCCCCAGAUACUGUUUUAGAGAUGGGGUCAUUUAUGCAUGCUUGUGAAGGAGAUAUUGUUUGUCGUUCCAUUAAUGUUAAGAUACCAUAUUUCAAUGCCCCAAUUUAUUUAGAAAAUAAAUCCCAAGUUGGGAAAGUUGAUGAAAUUUUAGGUCCUUUAAAUGAAGUGUUUUUCACAAUUAAACCAUCUGAAGGAAUUAAAGCUGAUUCAUUUAAGGAAGGAGAUAAAUUUUUCAUUGGACCUGAUAAGUUAUUACCAUUGGAAAGAUUCUUACCUAAGCCAGCAAGUUACGGACCUAAACCAAAGAGAAAGUCUGCUGGAGGUGCCCCAAGAGGUGGCCGUGGAGGUAGUUUUGGUGGAAGAGGUGGAGGCCGUGGUGGUUUCGGAGGUGGUAGAGGUGGAAGCAGAGGAGGCUUUGGAGGUAGAGGUGGAGGUAGAGGUGGAUUCAGUGAUAGAGGUGGCCGUGGAGGUUCAAGAGGAGGUUCCAGAGGUGGAUUUGGUGGAAGAGGAGGUUCUAGAGGAGGUUCUAGAGGAGGUCGUUUCUAG